AUGUUGGCUGCAGACCUGCCUUUUGAGAUUCUUGUGCAAUUGUCAGGCCUUCUAUUAGCAGAGGACAAAUGUGCUUGUGCUCUUACCUGCAAGAGAUGGAAAACACCGUUUCAGGAGUCGCUCUGGAAAAGCAUAGAGGUCAAGUCUAUGGAAAAUCUUAUCAAGCUCUGUACUAUUGCAAAACGUCAGGCUAGCGAGUUUCCCUACAGUGUAGUAACCCAAAGUGCGUGCAUAGCUGGAAGCUGCACCUUAAGCGACCUGUUUCAGAAUGAUUUUCCCGGAACAUUUAUGAAUUCGAAGCAUCUCUAUAUGAAGUCUAUAUCUUUUGAAGAUAUCGACACACAUAUUCCAAUCAAUAAUAAUCCUUGGAAGUCACUGGUCAGACUUAGGCUCUGUAUACAGCCUAUGAGAUAUGAAAUAUCGAUGCCAGCACUCAUUAGCUUCUUGACAGUCGUUCCCAACCUCCAAGAGAUAGAAAUAUUUCCGGUUUCACCAAAAAGUUUUCUUUAUUUUAACUCGAAUGAUUUCAACACCCUUCACAAAAAAUUACCCCAACUUACAUCUAUCAAGGCUGGUCUAAUACUCAAGGAUAUUCACGAAGAUGACGCCUACAAGUACCCAAACUUACAUACCUUGCGAUGGAGAAUUUCAUGUGGAUCUAGUGAAUGGAUUGUUAAAGACUUAAAUGAAAGAAAACCAUCACUCUCUUUUUCAAUUGCAAAUAUUUUUCCGCACUUGGAAACAAUUAAUUUUCAUACUAAAGAUCCUACUGAGAUGUCUCCCACUGUUUUCUGGGACUUCCUUUGUCAGUCCAGUCUUCCAAUCAAGAAUUUAAAGUACAGGACCAGAUACAGCUAUUCUGGAAGAGACUUUCUGGAAGAAAUUCUUCGUCAAUUUGCACGGUCCUUUUCGAACACUCUCGAAACUCUCUCAAUUGAAAGGAAUAUAUGUUUCAAUCCUGAAAAUAUUGUAAAGGCAGAAUUCUCUUAUUUUCCACAGAUGGUGGAUCUUGAAAUUAAAGAGUGUGAACGGCAUGGACUACAAGUAUUGGAGCUAGAGAGAGUUUAUUCAAGUUCUCGUACAUUAAGUUACAUUUCCCACCGAUGCAGAUGUCUAGAAUACCUGGAUCUGUCCUUUUCAAAAAUCAGUGGUCCUAUUGCUUGUGGAACUAAAAGAAUGUAUAUUGACAUGGCCUACACCAAACUUCAAAAGCUAAAAAUCCACCGCGUUCAAUUCUACUCGUCCAGCGAAUGCAUGAAUGAAACUUGGCUUCACACAUUCCGUGGAUUUAGCUCUACAUUUGCCUAUUCGCAGCAGAUCAGACAACUGUCACACCAAGAAGUUCUCAAUGUUAUCGAUUAUUACAAAGAUUACCGGUUGAAAGAGACUACAAACGCACAAGAGACAGAGAGAUCUUUAGACGUACAUGGUAUCAUAGAAGACUGGAUAGAAGAUCUUUGUAGAGGCUAUGUUGAAUUGAGAUGUAGGAACAUAACUAAAUGCUUUACACCUUCCCUUUUGAAAUAUAUGCAUAUUGAUGGUUUAUGA